GGCUAGUCCCGCUCUUCUCCAACCCCGAGCCGCGCGCCACCCGGACUCUGGAUUCACCGACGGCGGGUGCGCGGACAGACUGACGGCGGCGCAGCUCAACACAGAGCACCGGCUGGCCUUGGCAAAGGAGAUGCCACACAGAGAGGGACUCAGGAUACCACACAAGCCAAGUUCAUGUUCCUGCAGGCAGCUGCUUGAUGGGUGGUUCAGGGUCUGGUGGCCACUGUGUUAUUCUAAGCUGAAAUUUCUGUGAUCUUCUACACUCAUCUUCCGCAUGUGGCGGAUCGUAGGGACUCCUGAGACAUGCUGCUCCAGGAAUCUGCAGGAGUGUGGCUGGCCUUGGCUCUGGUCACAGCUCUGACUCCGAGCCCAAGCAUGGCCGUCCCGUGGCAGGAUUGCACAGGUGCUGAGUGUCCCCUGCUGGAGAACUGCAUCGAGGAGGCGUUGGAGCCAGGAGCCUGCUGUGCUACCUGUGUGCAGCAGGGCUGUGCCUGCGAAGGCUACCAGUACUACGACUGCGUACAAGGAGGGUUUGUGGAUGGCCGUGUACCAGCCGGCCAGUCCUACUUUGUGGACUUUGGCAGCACCGAGUGCUCCUGCCCACCCGGUGGUGGCAAGAUCAGCUGCCAGUUCAUGCUGUGCCCUGAGCUACCACCCAACUGCAUUGAAGCUGUAGUAGUAGCCGACAGCUGCCCGCAGUGUGGCCAGGUGGGCUGUGUCCACAGUGGCCGUAAGUAUGCUGCUGGCCAUACCGUCCACCUCUCAUCCUGCCGGGCUUGCCACUGUCCUGACGCUGGUGGUGAGCUCAUUUGCUACCAGCUUCCUGGUUGCCAUGGGAACUUCUCGGAUGCUGAGGAGGGUGACUCUGAGAGGCAGUAUGAAGACCCCUACAGCUAUGACCAGGAGGUGGCAGAGGCAGAAGCUACUACGGCCAUUGUGAACGAGGUCCAGGCAGGUGCAGAGGGCCCCCCAGCUGCUCUGGGAGGAGGGAAUCUGCCACCGUCCUCCAUCAGAGUAACACCCUGGCCAGUUGCCCUUCCCAGACCCACAGCAGCUGCUGCCCUGGGUCCCCCAGCACCUGUGCAGGCCAAAGCCAGGAGAGUGACAUUGGACACUGAAGAGGAUGAGGAAGAAGAAGAGGAGGAGACACUAGUCACUGAGCCACCAACAGCAGGCAGUCCUGGAAGGCUGGACAGCCUGCCCACAAGAUCCCCAGCCAGACCUGGUUUCCCUGUCCAGGAGAAGGAGGCUGAAGCUAAGGCAGGGCCUGAGGAAAACCUUAUUCCUGAUGCCCAGGUCACUCCUCGAAGUGUCAUGCAGGAGGGUGCUGCACCUCUGCCAAGGUCAGGCCUGGCUGCUCUCAGUCCAUCUCUGGCCACUGACAGCUCUUCAGAGGACCCAGUAAAGCCCAGCGAUCACCCCACUCUAUCUACACUGCCACCUGACCGAGCCCAGGUCUCCCCCUCCCCAGAGACACCUGAAGAAAUACCCCAGCAUCCACAGUUGCUACCUCGAUUCCGGGCAGAAGAAGACAUAGACCCCAACUCAGUACAUUCUGUCCCCAGAGGUGAUCUUGAUGGCUCCACCAAGGACCUAAUCGAGACCUGUUGUGCAGCGGGCCAGCAGUGGGCCAUCGACAAUGAUGAGUGCCAGGAGAUCCCCGAGAAUGGUGCCCAGAGUGACAUCUGUAGGAUAGCCCAGAGGCAAUGCUGCAUCUCCUACUUGAAAGAGAAGAGCUGUGUGGCUGGGGUCAUGGGAGCCAAGGAGGGUGAGACCUGUGGAGCAGAGGACAAUGAUACCUGCGGCGUCUCACUCUACAAGCAAUGCUGUGACUGCUGUGGCCUGGGACUCCGAGUGCGGGCUGAGGGCCAGUCCUGUGAGUCCAACCCCAACCUGGGCUAUCCCUGCAACCAUGUCAUGCUCUCCUGCUGUGAAGGUGAAGAGCCCCUCAUAGUGCCUGAGGUCCGCCGGCCACCAGAGCCCGAGGCUGCUCCUCGCAGAGUUUCAGAGAUGGAGAUGGCAAGCCGGGAGGCCCUGUCACUGGGCACAGAGGCUGAACUGCCCAAUAGCCUGCCGGGAGAUGACCAGGAUGAGUGCCUGAUGCUCCCUGGGGAGCUUUGCCAGCAUCUUUGCAUCAACACCGUCGGCUCCUACCGCUGUGCCUGCUUCCCUGGAUUCGAGCUGCAGGGUGAUGGCCGUACCUGCCGCCCAGAUAGAGGUGCCCCACAGUUGGACACUGCACGAGAGUCUGCACCGAGGUCUGAGUCUGCCCAGGUAUCUCCCAACACCAUCCCACUGCCGGUGCCACAGCCCAACACCUGCAAAGACAAUGGGCCCUGCCGUCAGGUGUGUCGUGUUGUUGGGGACACAGCUAUGUGCUCCUGCUUCCCUGGCUACGCCAUCAUGGCAGAUGGUGUGUCCUGUGAAGACCAAGACGAGUGUUUGAUGGGCACUCACGAUUGUAGCUGGAAACAGUUCUGUGUGAACACCCUGGGAUCCUUCUACUGUGUCAACCACACAGUGCUGUGUGCAGAGGGCUAUAUCCUCAACGCACAUAGGAAGUGUGUGGACAUCAAUGAGUGUGUGACAGACCUGCACACGUGCACCCGGGCCGAGCACUGUGUGAACACGCCAGGUUCCUUCCAAUGCUACAAGGCGCUCACCUGUGAGCCAGGCUAUGUCCUCACAGAUGGUGAAUGCACAGACGUGGACGAAUGUGUGACGGGCACACACAACUGCCAGGCAGGCUUCUCAUGCCAGAACACCAAGGGCUCCUUCUACUGCCAGGCCCGGCAACGCUGCAUGGAUGGCUUCUUGCAGGACCCCGAGGGCAACUGUGUGGACAUCAACGAAUGCACAUCGUUACUGGAGCCUUGCCGCUCAGGGUUCAGCUGCAUCAACACAGUGGGCUCCUACACCUGUCAGAGGAACCCACUGGUCUGCGGUCGCGGUUACCAUGCUAACGAGGAGGGCUCUGAAUGUGUGGAUGUGAAUGAGUGUGAGACAGGUGUGCAUCGCUGUGGCGAGGGCCAACUGUGCUAUAACCUCCCUGGAUCCUACCGCUGUGACUGCAAGCCCGGCUUCCAGAGGGAUGCAUUCGGCAGGACUUGCAUUGAUGUGAACGAAUGCUGGGUCUCGCCGGGCCGCCUGUGCCAGCACACAUGUGAGAACACACCGGGCUCCUACCGCUGCUCCUGCGCUGCUGGCUUCCUUUUGGCCGCAGAUGGCAAACAUUGUGAAGAUGUGAACGAGUGCGAGACUCGGCGCUGCAGCCAGGAAUGUGCCAACAUCUAUGGCUCCUAUCAGUGCUACUGCCGUCAGGGCUACCAGCUGGCAGAGGAUGGGCAUACCUGCACAGACAUCGAUGAGUGUGCACAGGGCGCGGGCAUUCUCUGUACCUUCCGCUGUGUCAACGUGCCUGGGAGCUACCAGUGUGCAUGCCCAGAGCAAGGGUAUACAAUGAUGGCCAACGGGAGGUCCUGCAAGGACCUGGAUGAGUGUGCACUGGGCACCCACAACUGCUCUGAGGCUGAGACCUGCCACAAUAUCCAGGGGAGUUUCCGCUGCCUGCGCUUUGAUUGUCCACCCAACUAUGUCCGUGUCUCAGAAACGAAGUGCGAGCGCACCACAUGCCAGGAUAUCACGGAAUGUCAAACCUCACCAGCUCGCAUCACGCACUACCAGCUCAAUUUCCAGACAGGCCUACUGGUACCUGCACAUAUCUUCCGCAUCGGCCCUGCUCCCGCCUUUGCUGGGGACACCAUCUCCCUGACCAUCACGAAGGGCAAUGAGGAGGGCUACUUCGUCACACGCAGACUCAAUGCCUACACUGGUGUGGUAUCCCUGCAGCGGUCUGUUCUGGAGCCGCGGGACUUUGCCCUAGAUGUGGAGAUGAAGCUUUGGCGCCAGGGCUCUGUCACUACCUUCCUGGCCAAGAUGUACAUCUUCUUCACCACUUUUGCCCCAUGAGGUGACAUGUCAGGCAAUCCCUCCAGGUGAUGCCUGGGCGGUGGGCAGCUGCGCCACUCCUAAGUGGCUUUUUGCUGUGACUCUGUAACUUAACUUAAUCAUGCUGAGCUGGUUGGUCUUGAGUCUCUACCCUAGAGGGAGGGAGAUGCACCCCAGCAGGCACUGAGUACAGGCCAGGGUCACCCGAGGCUAGAUGGUGACCUGCAAACUGGAAACAGCCAUAGGGGGCUUCUGAACUCCACUCCUCAACUAUGGCUACAGCUGACAUUCCAUUCCUUCAUCCACUGUGUUCCUCAAUUAAAAAAAAAAAUCAGCUGUGCAUGGUAGCACAGACCUUUAAUCCUAGCACUGGGGAGGCAGAGGUAGGUAGAUCUCUGAGUUCCAGGCCAGCCUGGUCUACACUGGGAGUUCUAACCAGCCAGAGCUACAUAGAGAGACCCUAUCUCAACAAGGAAAAAACGAAAGAAAUCUCUGUGAGUUCCAGGCCAGCCUGGUCUACGCUGGGAGUUCUAACCAGCCAGAGCUACAUAGAGAGAUCCUAUCUCAACAAGGAAAAAUGAAAGAAAUCAUUUUAAAAGGUUUUUUUUUUUGCUGUUGUUGUUUAAUGAUAAGAGUAGCACAUAUACAUUAUUAAAAAUGAUCAAAUAGCACAGAAAGGUUA